CUUAAACUAAACGAAGGAAACCAAAGAGUUCAUCACAUGCACCAAAGGUUAUUUACUGAUAUUUAAUUUCAGGCUGUGAGAUUGAAAACACCCAAAAUGGAAGAUUAUUACUCAUUGGUGUUGUUGAAGCGAUAGUUCGAAUGGCAUUUUAACACAAAACACUCGAACUUCACGCUGGAAGUGUUAAUAGCUAAUUUAUUUAGAAGAGGCCUUUCGAAGAGGAGGGUUAUAUACAAUUUCUACACUACCAAACGUAAAACAUUAUGAUAAGAAGAGAUAUUUUAGGUUAUGAAUAUAUUGUAUUUUCGUACCAUAUUUAGUAUCAAAAAAUUUUGUAGAAAUUUGUCAUGGAAAAGGAUUCACAACACAUGUCGCUUAGUUCGAAUUUCUCAGGAAUUGCUAGAUAUUUAUAAAAUUGUCAAUCAUAAAAUUUCUACAUUGGCUAGCGAAUCAAAAGGGAUGAUGUUGGAUCUGUAAAUCCCAGAAAUUAAUUUUGAAGCAAUGGAUCAGAGUGAAGUAUGUGUUCUGUCAUAUGCAUCUCAUAUAAAGGAAGAGGUAGAAGAGAAGAAGGACAUUAUUUCAAUCUGUGGCUUGAAGCCAGUGAAGCAAGGUGCCUAUGUUGGAUCUGAUAUGUUAGUAGGAAAGGAACAAGAGGAGGACAUUACUUCAAUCUGUGGCUUGAAGUCAGUGAAGCAAGGCGUCUAUGAUGGCCCUGAGAUCUUGGUAGGAAAGGAACAAAAACUAGAACUUGGGGAAGGACUUGUAAGCUGCCUGCCGACAGUUGGUGCCGGAAAUGAAGGGACCAGUCCAGUGUUGAAUCCACUGGGCACAGUGGUAGAGGAAGUGUGCAUGUACAUAACUGAAGGAGCAGAAUGGCAUCAGGGUGAAAUGCCAUUCCAAAAUUGGCAAGAACAUGUUAUGAUUCAUUUGUGUCGUGUAUGUGCUUUGGAAACGGAGAAUCUAGUGUCUGUGUUUGGAGAAGAGGGCACAAAACUGAAAUUGGCUGAAAAAAUACACUGGCACUUACCUAUUGAAGUAAGAGAAGAUGAUAAAUUGCCAGUGACAGUGUGCUCUUCUUGCAUAUCCAAAUUGAACUCCUGUCAUGAACUGGCAAUGUCAUGUUUGAGGGCGAAUGAAAAGCUGUGCAAACUCUUCAACAUAGAGGAAACUAAUUUGACUGAUUAUGGAGAAAAGAGUAAUUUUGCAGCAACACAACUGCAGCGUAAUAAAACAUUGGAUGCCCGUGAUAAAAGAGUCCUUUUCAGAGAAACCUUACAUAAGGCACCAAACAUAGUAACAACACGAAGAUCUUCAAAGCGACCUACACUACCUAGCCAUCAAUUGUCGACAGCAAUGGAACUCUUGAAGAAAGUGAAGCAAGGACAUGGAAAGAAUAUAAAAAGUACACAAAGGACAUUGAACAAUGGCCAGAAAUCAAGCUCCAUACUACUGAAGAGUGAGGUUCCUGAAAUGGAACAGGCUGGAGAUGGCAAUAAUGCUGACAGUGCUGAUGUAAAGAUGAACAGUAUUCUCCAUGAUGAUAACAUGACACAAAAUGUUGGAGAAUCUGAUCCCACUGACCCAUUAUAUAUUGGCACUGAGGAAACUGCAUAUAGUAGGCCACAGCGACAAUUUGAGAGGAAGACAUCUAAACUUUGGGACAUCUUCAUGAAAUCCAAGAUGGAUGGAGUAAUGCAAGAUUUCACGAGAAGGGAAGAUGAGACUGAAGAUGAGAAUAAGGAAAGGAAAAGAAGGGUACGUCAUAAGGAAUGGAAGUGUGAAACUUGUGGAUAUGUGUUACUAAGAAAAACUGCACUAAUCAUGCAUCAGCAGCGAAAGCAUGGCCCACAGAAGUUCUCUUGCAGCUACUGUGACAAAACAUUUCGCAAUGCAGUAGGAAUGAAAGUACAUGAACGAUGUCACACAAAGGUUGCUGCCGAGAAAACAGAGCCAACAUCUUACAUAUGUGAGUUCUGUGGAAAAUCAUUCCGAGGGAAGAAGACUUUGAAGGAUCAUCAUCUAGCAAAUCACAGUGAUGAAAAGCCUUAUAAAUGUGAUAAAUGUGACAGAAACUAUGGUUCCUUGGCUAGUCUUGGCAUCCACAAGGCCACCCAUUCCACAGAAACUCCAUACCUUUGUGAUCUGUGCGGUAAGAGCUUUAAGCAUGUCAGCAAUCUCCGUAGCCAUAAGCGUUCACACAGGGAUGAUUCUGAUAAGAAUCGUCAGGUAUGUGAUGUUUGUGGUAAGGGAUUCCGUUCCAGGUUUCACUUGUCAGAGCAUAUGAAUGUGCAUACUGGAAGACGUCCAUACGCAUGUAAUGUGUGUGGCAAACACUUUCACAAAAAGAUUCAGCUUCGGCAACAUGGUUCAGCACAUUCAGGAAUGCAACCUUUCAAGUGUCAUCUGUGUGGUGUCCGAUUUAACCGCCGGGGAAACAUGACACAGCACAUAAAACGUCAUGACAGAGUACGCAAAUACACUUGCCGGGUAUGCAAUGAAGGCUUUGCUACGCUGGGAGCUGUCUUGAGUCAUCGCAGAAAGCAUACAAAAGAGGAGGUGGAAAACAGCAUACGACAGCAGUCAGGAUCGGUAGAUGACCCAGAGCAAGUGGCUUACAAAUGUGAUGUAUGUGGUAAGCUUCUUGCUAAAAAGGAAUCUUUGGCCAUCCACACGCGCUCCCACACAGGUGAGAAACCAUUUGAAUGUGGAGUAUGUGGAAAACGGCUGAGCAACAAGGGUUCAUUAUCAUAUCACAUGCGCUCUUUCCAUACUGGGGAACGGCCCCACACCUGCCAAUACUGUGGGGAAGGCUUCCUGUCUCGUGAAGCCCGGCUGGUACAUGAACGAAUUCACACGGGAGAAAAACCAUAUAUAUGUUCUGAAUGUGGUAUGGGUUUUCGAUGCUCUAGUAACUUGGCUCAGCACGCUCGUGUUCAUUCAGAGGCACGGCCUCAUCCGUGUCCACAUUGUGAAAAACGUUUCCAACGAAAGGGUGCGCUUGAUGUACAUAUCCGCACUCACACAGGCGAGCGUCCUUAUGCCUGUGAUAUGUGUGGUCGAUGCUUCACUCAGAAGAAUGACAUGCUCAAACAUCGCCGAACACAUUCCCCAGAUCGACCCUUUCCUUGUCCCCAUUGUGGCCAGAUAUUUUCACAGAAACGUGAACUAGCUAAGCAUCAGUCAUUACACAUUGCAACAUCUCAAACAACAGUGCAACAUGAAGUUGAGCAUUCACCCCCUACACAAACAGUGCUCAUUACAACAGAUGACAGUCUCAUCACAUAUCCAGAAAUAAAUGUACCAGUCAUGGAAAAUGCUCAGACACUCAUAUUGCACAGGUACUAGAGCCUCACAUAUAAUAGUAGACAAUAUUUUCUUUAUAGCAUGAGUGUAUUAAAUCUGUAGACUGAAAUCUACUUCAGGUGGUGAGUACAGAAUUAUUUCUUACUGAAAUUAUAUAAUUUAUCUACAUACAUUUAUUAAACUACAACAGAACUAUUUCACUGUUAUUUUUCACAGUACUGUCAAUGAAUGUUUCAUUUUUAAUAAUAUAUAAUGUACAUUUAUGUUAUUUGCCCACAUAGAGGUUGCCCUUGCAGAUGUCAUACAUCUGUUUUGUGGUAGGAAACUGGGUAAGUUACAAAUCACCAUUUCACUACAAUCCAUGUGCCUCUUUCAGUCACUAAAGAAUAUGAAAUGCUGCUGAUAGUUUGUUUUUGGAAAGAAGUCUUUUUUUUUAUUUUAUAUUUAGAUUCAUGUUUCAAUGGUGUGUGUAUGUGUGUGUCACAUUAACAUUUUUAAGUUGCAUCUGGUCACUAUAGGCAAAAACGAAUAGUUUCGCGUCUUUCAACUUGAGUACUUCUGCAACAGACCUCUUAAAUCUUAAAAUAUCCAAGGGUCAGAGUACUGAUUAUAUGAUUUAAUGGGUCAUAUAUCAUGUUUUUCAUAGUGUUUUGUGAAUAAGUAGAACAUGCAUUUGGUUUACAUCUGUAUAUAUCUGAACUGAAAAAUUAAAAUAAAAAGUGCAUCCUAUGUGUGGGUAAAAUAAAGAUUUAUUGCUUAAUCUAUUUGUUAGUAAUAUUGGAAGUGAAUUUUCUUAUUUUCAGAAUAGAGAUAGUUGUGAUAAAAAUUGUUAUUGCACUAAAUUUAUAUUUCUUUUCUUUAUGAAUGGUUGGCUGAAGUCAGAUGCCAGACUGUGUCAAAUAUUGUACAAGAUGAGUUACUUCAGCAGUUCACCCAAAUGUAUUUCCAUAUGAAGUCAGAAUAAAAUAAAUCUGUAUGCUUCUAGUUUGUAAUGGUCAGUGACGUCUUGUGACUGUCCGAACAGGUGUGGCCAGAAAGGAAUAAAAUUACCUCCUUCCCCCAAGGCCUAUAAUUAUACAAAGAGAAGAACAGUUAUGUUAUUUAUAUGUUCACAAUUUACUGAUUUACUUAUGCUACACAGUACCACCACCUUUUAGCAACUACAGUCUCAUCUCAUGUUGACAGGCACAUUUUAAACAAAGUGGCUGUAGAAAUACAACACCCUCUUGGGUUAGGGAGGGAUUUGGAUCCCACUAGGCUCAUCUUUGCCUUUUAAUGUCUAUGUGUUAAGCAUACAAAUGGAUAGACCAGUGCCUUCAGCACUUAUUUGUACAAACCUAAAUAUGCACCAUUUGUAUUACUCCCUGGGCCAGACCAAUUAGUCCUCACAUAUAUCUUUUAGGCUGUUUGAUAAUCAUGGCAUCAGUGAUUCAUGUGACAUUGAAUCUCUUUAAAAUUGUCUUUAAAUUAAUUCAACACUUCCUUAUCGAUUUCUUUUCAAGUACAGCAGAGUACAAUCACUAAAAUUAUAUUACUUUCUGCUGUUGUAAUAUUGCCUUUGAAAUUAUUACUAAUUCUACAUAGUCCAGUAUUUACACAGGGUUUCUACUAAACCUUCAUCUGUAUUCAUAUUACAGGCUUGUCACUUGAAGUAAGUGCACACAUACACAAACAUACAAACACUGAUCUCAUCAUAUUUAAUUUGACAUGGAGGAACACAAGAAACCUAAAAUGUUAACAUGUCAUUUUCUCUCAAUGUAGCCAAGUACCUGUGGUUGGAGGGAGAAUAACAGAUGUUUGUGGCAAGUGGGGAAGGCCCAAUAUUGGGCUGUGAUCUGAUGGCCAAACCCAUUUCAGAACAGACUUGCAUAGGGAAGGACAGUGAGCUAAGGCUUUGGCCCAUGAGACAAGGCCCUCCAUGACCUUGCAACCCAAACAACUUCUCUGCAGAGUUUGAAGAACCUUCUUGUGCCAUAUAAAAUGUAAACAUAUUAUAAUGCUGUCAUGCCAUACUAAAUGGAAACAAAUUAUAGAUUCAUAAAACUACUUUUAUACAUUGAGGUGUCAAAUGUUGGAGGGGUUUGGCCACCAGCCCUUAGGGAUUAUUUUAUGCAUUAAAAUACGUUUGUAGACUAUGUGCGUGAAGCUUACUUUAAACAAGUUAUAUAUUAAAGGGGGGGUAGAUUAAAUGCAUAAAAUUAAUUAUAAAUAUGAGGAAACCUAGUCAAAAUCUGUAACUUUAUAUCUGCACAGACAUAGUCUCAAAGUGGUCUUCUGGUUCUGAACCUCAUAGCGGGUGACUCGUUGAUUAUUCCCAUUGGGUUAGGCCUUGCUCACAGAAUCAAUGACAGGCUGAAAAUAGAACUUAAUAAUGCUGUAAUAUGUUUCUUAAAAUGUCAUAAUUACAGAAGAGGGUAAGAUUUUAAGACAUUUAAAAUAAUUAUUGAUAUAUAAAGUUUUAUCUACUAAAUCAUGUAACAAUUUAAGCUGAGUAGCUGUACUUUUCCAAUCAAUGUUCUUUCAGGACAAAUAAAUGAUACUCUACUGUACUGGCAUUGGGUGCAUAUUCUUCUGACAUAUGCUUCAUGUCUGUACUGGCUUAAAAAUCUUCCAGCAUCUCUUUCUCUUCCUCAUAGUUCUCUAGGUUUAUAAGCCUAUGUUCAUCUGUCUGUCUUCACCCAUUCUGCCUACAUUCCAUCUUGACCUUUAUGUGGUAAUAUCUUCAGUUGCAUUGUGAACCGUAAGUUUUUCACAUAAAUCAUGAAGAUCAGCAUAUGACACCAUUUUUUUGCAGUUAAAUGUUCUAAGUUGAAGAAAUUCAGGGUGUCUUGUAUUUUUAUUGGUUCCAUGUUAAUUUUAUAUUAAUCCUGCACAGCUUUCUUCUUUGCAUCUUAUGUAUAUGUGUAUAUUCAUAAGGAGAUACUUUGGGUGACCUGCAGAACUCAUUGUUGUGAACAUGUUUCUGUAACUUUCAUUUGCAUGUCUCACAUAAACAGAAUUAUAACAUGUAUAUUUAUGGCACAAGUUCAUUGCAGAUUUCUAAGAAUAACCGUAAAUUAAUCAUCUAUAAGUUCAUAUAUACCUUACACUUUAAAAACUGUACAAAGAUACAAUUUCAAAUACAAAUGUGUUUUUUCUUAUUUCUAACUGUACCAUUCUUUUGAUUUUUCUCUUUGUAAAUAAAUAUUAUUGAAUAAGAUUUUGACUUUUUAAGUAUUUAUGUCUGAAAGGAAGAAGCGUGUGAAGGCACUAACCCCUCUUCUGAAACUGGCCACGGGUAAGCUAAUUUAUAGCAUCUCGUAAUCCCUUAGCCUCAUUAGACAUAUUCAGUAUGCUAGGCUCACACAGCGUGUUACUAUUCCAUGUACUUAGCAUCUCAUUAAUGCCUCUAAAUGUGGGUGUCUUAGUUCAUAAGUCAUUAAUGUGCAUUGAAAGACAAAAAUCUGGACUUUUUAUUGUUUAUAAUUACUGUGCUUAAAAAAUUAAAUACUGACGGGUUUUCAUCUCAUCACACAGUGCUUUAGCACAUGACUGACUGCUGCUUCUAUGCUGCACACACUUCUGCAGCUGUAUGGGAGCAAGUCAACAUAUGAAUGACCCUUCAGUGUUCAUGUACUAAGAGAAUGUUUUCCUCGUUUUGACUGUUUUGUAGAUUAAUGUAAAUCAUAUCCUCACAUUCUGCUGGUAUCAGAGGAUGUGCCUGCAAGUUCUUAAUGGAAUUCCAUUGGUUCAAAAGAUAAGUCAAGUUUAAGUGCAUCCCUUUUAGUCUGCCAUUCAUGCCUGUAUGCCUUCUUUAAUGGAAUCAACAUGAAAAUCCUGCUAUUGCAAUCGUUAGGUUUGGUACAGUUACAGUUUCUAUUCAUUCUUAUGUAGGAUGGCAAGCAAUAUUAUUGCAUGUACAAAAUUAUCUUCAAUACUGAAUAUAUUUGUCACUGUUUUUAAGUAAAAGCAAUGACCACUUUUUCUAUUUUAUAUUCUGUGUUUAGUUACAGAGAGCAUAGCAUAGGAUACCACACUUGCAGGCUGAUGUCCUCCCUUAUAAUAGCAUACUGACAUUUAUAACCGUAUGUUACAUCUUUUCAAAGGCUGUUUCCAGACUUGCUGAGGUUACUAAUUUAUAUUUUAGGUUCAACCCCCAUACUAGUAUGUUAUUUAAUGAGACUGCAUCAGAUAAUAUGUCAUUCAGCAUUAAACUAUACAAGAGAAUGGAAAAAUGGCAAAGGGUGUGGAGAGAGUAGCAAAUUUUGGAAUACAAAGACAUCUUCCCUAAAGGCAAGGACAGUACUCGGGCACAGGCCAUGACUGCCUUCCUCUGUAUACUUCUCUAUAUAUCAUAAAUUCUAAAUGGGCAUUUUAAGACAUGGCUGAAGAAAAUAAAGGCUGCUAUGCUUGAAUAGGGUGCACAUUGUAAAUACAGCUUCCACAAUUGGAAUAUUAGUAAUUUAUAUGACUAUUUUUGGUACUAAUUUGUUUUGGAAAUAAAACAUUAUUUUUUCUUUGUCUGAUAACAGAUCAUGGUCCAAAAAUUUUGGAUGUCAAUGAAAAACCAAUUACAACAUACACAAAAGCAAUGGAUCUUCCAUUUUAACAGUAAACUUGUGGUCUGUGAGAUAUUUACAAUUUAUUGGCUUUAUUUAUCUGUGUGUGUCUCAAAAUUCAGUAUAAUAUUUGGUUAAAGCAGCAAUCCCAAUCAAGUGACAUAUGUUUUUUACUGAUAGUAUUAUAUAUGAUGAGUCCUGUAUCAAUGUAUUUUCAUUUAUGGGAAAAUAAAAUAAAGAAAGAAGGGACCAGACACCAUUCUGGGUUUGAAUCUUCAAAAGUGUGUUUGCUCAGAAUUUAUAUACAAUCAACUUUUGUUUACACAUGAAGAUAAUCGCGGCUCUAAUAUCUUGGAGAGACAUACGAAUUAUAUGGUGUAAAAGUCGAUAUAUAAACACUUAACACACGGUACAUUUAAAUUUAAAUAAAUAAGAUUCCUGAUAUUUACAAACACAUAUC